AGAAGGACACAAAAUUUUGAGGUUUCGUUUGUUUCUACCACUUUCUCGUGGAAAUGCUGGACUUUCCCAGGAAAAUAGCUGUUUUUUCCCAGGCCGUGUGCUGAAGCUAAAUUCUUCCCGAAGGCAGGUCAUUUUGAUGAGAGAGUAGGGUUACAGUUUCCUACGUUCCAACUAUAUUCCCUCCGUGAAUAUUAGGAACAAUAGUAAUAGGUGUUGUUCGUCAAAGCAGAUCAUUUCCGUCCUGCAGCAUUGUUCGUCAAAGCAUUCUCAAUUUCUUACUCGUCUGUAGCGACGUAUUCCGUUGGGGAUAGGCAGGAGAAGACCCGGUCCGCCGGAAGCCGCUUCAGAUUGGAUUCAUAACCUUGCGCCAACCAUUUGAUGAAAUGUCAAGGCAGGCAUCGAGUCCCUUUUUCAAUCUUGUCCUGAGCCCCAUGGAUUUGGUAAUGACAGAUCCGAAUGCAAUCCAACUCGUUGGCAGAGGUAACUGAUUUCUCUUGCUCCAUUUUCUUGAAUCUGGUCAGAACCGAUUCAUCGAAACUUGGGAAGGUAAGGUGUAACCAGCGGAGGAAUUGAGAACGAACGAACACGAAGAUUUCAUAAUUUGGAGAGAAGAUGGCAAUUGACGGUUGGGUUUCUUGGAAGUUCGUGGAACCGACGGGCCUUGUACUCUAUGCUGUUGCGUUCUACAUAGUGAUCAUCCAACGGUCGUUGAGACUCUCUCAUGAUUAUACAGAUUAUUCGAGCUCAAGAAGACUUGUUGGUCUUCGAGAAGGAUGGAUGGGACAUCGAUUGAAUGACCUUUCUGAUAGCCAAUGGAGGAAUUUUCGUGAGAAUUUGGCUAUUCUUACAAUUGUAUUUGGAGUGUUUACGCUUCUGGCAUAUCUCUUGAGAAAGAAGCUGCACCUAAAAUGGAGAGGCAUGUCAAUUGUUUGGCUCUUACUCUCCUUGAGUUAUAUAUCUUAUCUACAUGGUGCUUGUGUCAUAUUUAUCCUUGCUAUUGCAACAUUGAACUUCUUGUUGGUAAAGAUAUUUUUGAAAUCUGUGUACUUUUCAUUUGUAAUUUGGUCAUUCAACAUUUUGGUUCUUCUUUGUAAUCGCGUUUACGAAGGAUAUUCAUUUUCCUGGUUUGGAGAAGGUUUGGCAUUCUUGGAUGGCUAUCGUGGUACAUUCAGGUGGCAAAUUUGCUUCAAUCUUGUGAUCUUGCGAAUGAUCAGCUUUGCAUACGAUCAUUACUGGGCUCACACUAGUUGUGUUGAUCAAAAGGAGAAGAGUGUCUAUGGAGAGAGAUUCUCAUUCGAGACAUAUCUAUGUUAUUUGAUAUAUGCACCCCUCUACAUUGCUGGUCCGAUUAUAAGCUUCAAUUCUUUCUCGUCACAGUUGGAUGUCCCUAACAAGAAUUAUUCAGCUGGCAGAGUGGCUUGGUACUGUAUCCGUUGGAUACUCAGUCUGUUCCUUAUGGAGUUGAUGACACAUUUUUUCUAUUACAAUGCCUUUGCAAUUAGUGGCUUGUGGACGUACCUCUCACCAUUGGAAGUUUUCAUUGUUGGAUAUGGGGUCUUGAACUUCAUGUGGUUGAAAUUCUUUCUUAUUUGGCGCUAUUUCCGAUUUUGGGCAUUGGUAGGAGGCAUUGAAGCUCCUGAGAAUAUGCCUAGGUGUAUCAAUAACUGCUACAGUUUGGAAACAUUUUGGAAAUCUUGGCAUGCAUCUUUUAAUAAAUGGCUAGUUAGAUAUAUGUACAUUCCCCUUGGUGGAUCAAAAAGAAAGUUGCUGAAUGUGUGGGUUAUUUUCACAUUUGUUGCAAUAUGGCAUGACCUGGAAUGGAAGCUGAUUUCUUGGGCAUGGUUAACGUGUCUGUUUUUUGUGCCUGAGAUCAUAGCAAAGUCAGUGCUGAAUUCUUUCCAGCCAAGGGAUGCUUUUGGCCAGUUCAUCCUACGAGAAAUCAGUGCAAUUUGUGGUGCUGUUACAAUUUCUUGCCUUAUGAUUGCAAACCUCGUUGGUUAUGUCAUUGGGCCAUCUGGAGUGGACUGGUUGAUUUCUAGAAUGCUGAGGAAAGAUGGGCUGCCUACAGUUUUUGGCAUUUUCCUGUCAUUUUACGUAGGGACAAAGCUUAUGUUCUAUAUCCGUGAUGCAAGGAGUAACCAUCCAUGAAUAUGGUAGGACAAGAUGCUUGCUAACACGUCAAAAUGGAAGAAUGUUUUCAGUUAAUUCUUCUGUGGCGCGAAGUAGAAGUUUCCGCUGUGACAGAUUUUUUAGAUGCAUGCAACUAUGUCUAUGAUCUUAUGGAAGGCUGUGACAGCAUGUGGGGAUCUACCAGAGCUAUGGGAGCUUGAGGCACAAUUGCGGUUGGUAUAGUUUCUUUAUCUCCAAGGAAAACUUCAUAAUAGCAACUGAGAGAUGAAAACCAAAAGCGGGGAGGAGAGCUUUUGACUCAUGACAAUCGAUGCCAUCCUUUAUUUUGUUGGAAUAAGACAGCUGAUAGUGGGACUCCAUCAUGCAGCUUAAAGAAAUCAGAGUGAUUCAAACUUUAUUGCGGCAUUAGUUGUAGAUAUGUUUUGUAAGAGCAUGCUUUUAUAAACAACAGGUGCAACUUCUGUCUUUGUUGGACAUGUUGCCUGUUUCUUGUGGAAUGUCGUCAACGUUAUUCACUUUCUUGACAAGAUUGUAAUCGGGCAGCAACUUGACAAGGAAAACGAUCAUUUCUUUUUCCUUUUGAAGUACUUUAGACUACCUGCCCAGCUUAUUAGCAAUUGCAAACCUGCGGUCUUAGUUGUUAA